GUCAGAUCAAGACAAGUAGCUGGGUUUACUCUCUGCUAUCUGCUUAGUAUCCUCAGCGCCUUCUUUCCCAAGUUUCACUUCUCAUCCCGCUCUUCUCGCCUCUUUUCUCUCACAAACACCUCACCUUCGUCAACUCAUCAACUUUUUCAUACCAACCAUCUCGACUACAUCCUCCACGAUGUGCUUCAACGUUAAAAAGUCCAUCAUCAUCCUGGCUGGCCUUUUUAUGGCCAAGCCCGAGCUUGCUGACGCCGGGUUGGCCACGACAACUCACUACAACGACGGCCUGCAAGGCGCCUGCGGCUGCGGCACAAUGACCGGAACAUACGGGUGGUCGUACGGGAUCAACAACCAGGUCUACACCGCGGCAGCAAACCAAGCCCUCUUCGACCCAAACAUGGAACACUGGUGCGGGACAGGCUGCGGCAAAUGCUACCGACUCACCUCCACCGGCGUCUCCAGCUGCGAAACCUGCGGGAUCGGCGGCGAGCACGGCAAGUCCAUCACCGUCAUGGUCACCAACCUGUGUCCCUACAUCCUCAACGAGCAGUGGUGCCCCAACCCGGGCCAGCUGAACCCGUAUGGGUAUGCGUAUCAUUUCGAUAUCAUGGGUGGCGCGGGUGUCUUUGGGGAUAAUGUUGUCGUCGAGUUUGAGGAGGUCGCGUGUCCCGUUGAGGCCGGGCUCAAGUGGGAUACUUGUGACUGUCAUCCAAAGGUUAGGGGGAAGCCGCUUGGUACGGCGUCGAUUGAUGAGGCUGCUGAGGCUGCGGCGGCUGCUAAUGCUACUGCUGGCGGCAACGCCCCUGCUCCUGCUCCUGCUCCGGUCUCCUCUGGAGUGAUCAACUUUACGCAGUCGACUCCCGUCGCUUCGUCCCCUGGAGCUGCCUCUUCUGCUCCCGUCUCCCAGGCUGUCGGCAACAGCACGACCGACUCGACUACCGUCACUGUCCUCGAGUCAUUCCAGACAGUCGCUCGUCCUAGCGAGACAUUGUAA